CUGGUGCCACCGCUACCCCGGUCCCGCAGCUCCCGCGGAUCCUCCGGCGCUGCCUGUGAGGCCAGGCGGAGGCAAGAUGAAGAUGACGGUGGAUUUCGAGGAGUGUCUGAAGGACUCGCCCCGCUUCAGGGCCGCUUUGGAGGAAGUAGAAGGAGAUGUGGCUGAGCUGGAACUAAAGCUCGACAAGCUUGUGAAACUGUGUAUCGCGAUGAUUGACACUGGCAAAGCCUUUUGUGCUGCAAAUAAACAGUUCAUGAAUGGGAUUCGAGACCUGGCCCAGUAUUCUAGCAAUGAUGCUGUGGUUGAGACAAGUUUGACCAAGUUUUCUGACAGUCUUCAGGAAAUGAUCAAUUUCCACACAAUUCUGUUUGACCAAACUCAGAGAUCAAUUAAGGCCCAGCUUCAGAACUUUGUCAAAGAAGAUCUUAGAAAAUUCAAAGAUGCCAAGAAACAAUUUGAAAAAGUCAGUGAAGAAAAGGAAAACGCACUAGUAAAAAAUGCCCAAGUUCAAAGAAACAAACAGCACGAGGUUGAGGAGGCUGCAAACAUUCUCACGGCCACACGAAAGUGCUUCCGGCACAUAGCACUCGACUACGUCCUGCAGAUUAAUGUGCUUCAAUCAAAAAGGAGAUCAGAAAUCCUGAAAUCUAUGCUGUCCUUCAUGUACGCACAUCUGGCCUUCUUCCAUCAAGGGUAUGACCUGUUCAGUGAGCUUGGGCCCUACAUGAAAGAUCUUGGAGCACAGUUGGAUCGACUGGUUGUGGAUGCAGCAAAGGAGAAAAGAGAGAUGGAGCAAAAACACUCUACGAUCCAGCAGAAGGAUUUCUCCAGUGACGAUUCCAAGCUAGAGUAUAAUGUAGAUGCGGCGAAUGGCAUUGUCAUGGAAGGGUAUCUGUUCAAGCGAGCCAGCAACGCCUUCAAAACGUGGAACAGACGCUGGUUCUCCAUACAGAACAAUCAGUUGGUUUACCAGAAAAAGUUUAAGGACAGCCCCACGGUGGUGGUGGAAGACCUCAGGCUCUGCACAGUGAAGCACUGUGAGGACAUCGAGCGACGGUUCUGCUUUGAAGUCGUCUCUCCAACAAAAAGUUGUAUGCUCCAGGCAGAUUCCGAAAAGCUUCGCCAGGCCUGGAUUAAGGCUGUUCAGACCAGUAUUGCAACUGCUUAUAGAGAGAAGGGCGAUGAAUCAGAGCUUAUGUGUGAAUUGGGGAAUGAUGUUAUAAAUCGUGUUUAUGAAGCUAAGCUGGAAAAAAUGGGAAUAAAGAAACCACAGCCAGGACAAAGACAGGAGAAGGAGGCAUAUAUCAGAGCAAAGUAUGUGGAGAGGAAGUUUGUGGAUAAAUACUCUACAUUACCGUCACCUUCCGAGCAGGAGAAAAGGAUCAUCUCUAAGAGUUGUGAGGACCAGAGGCUGAGCCACGUCAGAGCAUCUGUCCACACCCCAGUCAAAAGUAAUGACAGUGGGAUCCAGCAGUGCUCUGAUGAUGGACGAGAAUCUUUACCUUCCACCGUGUCAGCCAAUAGCUUAUAUGAGCCUGAAGGAGAAAGGCAAGAGUCUUCUGUGUUUCUUGACUCUAAACAUCUUAAUCCAGGACUUCAGCUUUACAGGGCUUCGUAUGAAAAAAACCUUCCCAAAAUGGCCGAGGCUCUGGCUCAUGGUGCAGAUGUGAACUGGGCUAAUUCAGAUGAAAACCAAGCAACACCACUCAUUCAGGCUGUAUUAGGGGGCUCUUUGGUGACGUGUGAGUUCCUGUUGCAGAAUGGUGCUAAUGUGAACCAAAGAGAUGUCCAAGGGCGGGGACCGCUGCACCACGCCACUGUCUUAGGACACACAGGGCAGGUGUGUUUAUUCCUAAAGCGAGGUGCCAACCAGCACGCCACUGAUGAAGAGGGGAAGGACCCUCUGAGUAUAGCCGUGGAAGCAGCCAAUGCUGACAUAGUGACUCUGUUACGCUUAGCAAGAAUGAACGAGGAAAUGCGAGAAUCAGAAGGACUUUAUGGACAGCCAGGUGAUGAAACUUACCAGGAUAUUUUUCGUGAUUUUUCUCAAAUGGCAUCCAAUAAUCCAGAGAAACUCAAUCGUUUCCAGCAAGAUUCACAGAAGUUCUGAUCCUUCUUUUAAAAGGAAAGGGGAAACUAUGAAAUUCGGUGAAUUCUUAACGUGUACAACCAGAAACUCACACCUUUUUUACUACUUUAAUUCCACUUAAUUUUGGUAGACAUUGAAUUUGGAAAAAAUGGUACCCAUUCAUUUUGGAUUUUUGUAAAUGAAAACAAGAUCUCUCAUAAUUGGGAAAGGAAGAAAUCCACUAUAAUUCUUCUUUUAUUUAAGCAGAAAAAAGUCUUUUUAAUGAGUUGUGCUCUUAUAUAAAGUUGUAUCCAGAUCUAAGGCAUCUCUCAAGUUCCGAGGUGCUACACUGCUAGACCACUCCAUCCUUUGCCAAGCAUGGGUGAGACUUUGGUUCCCCUGGGAACAUUCAGUCACCAUGUCUGCAUCAGGUGGGAGCUAGUUAUCUUACCUGCUUGGAGGAUGUGUCUUUUCUGUAGCUGUCCUCAUAAUAGUUGGUGGUUCAGAUAGAUAUGCGUGUUUUCUGGCAGCUUAGCUGUCACAGUGUACAACACAAUUGCUAAGACCAGCGAGUGUGCCCCUCGUUCUCUCCUAGGUGCCGUUGUCCUCCGAAACCCCAGCAACACAGCUGCCGUGUGAGUGGACCACUCUUACUGCUUUCUUUCUUCAGUCACCUCAAGAAUCCUAGCUCGGUUUUUGUUGUCAGGCUGAUUUCCUGAAGUCUUGACAGAUUGUCAGUGUAACAAAACUGGAUUUCAGAAGUUGACUAUUGCAAAAUUGGACUUUCAUCAAAACACAGUGAUGUCAAAGAGAAUAUUGUAGGGCAUUUUUAUAUUUGGAAUUAAUCCAUUCGAAGAUAUAUAUUUUUUACUAUUACUCCUGGUGAAAGAAAAAUCUCCAUGUAAUGGAAAAGAAAGCUAAUUUUUUUCCUGUUUAUACUAAAAUUUGCCAGCAAUAAAGUCCUUUUAUUUUUUUUUCUACAUUUAUCUUGUGUACUAUACAACAGUAUACAUUCUUUUAAAUUGUAUCUUGUAUAUAGCUUUAGAAUUAAGUGAAAUAAGUCAUUUUGAGUUCCAAAAUUAUGCACAUGUGCUAUAGUUUGUCCAGUCCCACCUCUGGUUGACGUCUUGCCAAGGGACGCGAUGAAGGAGUGGCUGACUUGUAGCUCGUUGCCGGCACUGUUGAUUACACUUACUCUUUACAAGCUAUUUGUAAGUAGCAUUGAUACUCAGCUUCACAGAGACAUUUUGAAAUGCAUGUAAAAUUAUAGUUAAUUAAGUAAAGACUUUAACAUUUUCCCCACAGUACGUAGAGCUUUAUUUUAACUAAAUAUAAAAUCAGAAUCUAAGUAGAAAUUAUAUUGAAAUAAAUUUGCCACCCAGAUAAGAUCCAGGUUGCAAGCAUGCAAUGCUUAUUUAGUAAGACACCACACACUGAGGAUAAGAAUCUGUUAUGAUUUGUUUCUGAGGAUGUGCGAACUUUACAGGGUGAAAGGAUUUUGUCUUUGCUGUCUUGCCUCGGACUUGCGGGUCAUCUGGCCUUGUAGGCAUUUUGAUAAAGGCAAAGGUCUCAUUUGUGAUAUUUUAAUUGGUAUGUAUUUUGAAAUUUAUUGUCCUAAAACAUGUUAGAGGAAGAGAAAUAGGCUAAAGAAAAGUAAGAAAGCCUGCCCCUCGUCCGCAGCGCUCCUUGUCGGUCUCUUCUGGAGCUUCUGCCUCAUCUCUGCAGGUGCAGGUGGAACUCAAUCUGGUUCCCCUGCUUGAGGCAGUUCCUCUGCACUUGCCCCUCCUGGCUGUGGCAGUCAGUGUCUGCUGCUCUUUAAUGACUACAGUGUUUUUUGGAGGAAAAAAAAAAAAGCCUUAAAGAUUCAAGUGAAAUGCCUUAAAGAUUAUUAUGGUUCUGAAUAUCUUUAGAAUUCAGAUUUAGCUACAUCACUUAGUACUGUGUAGAGGCUGGCAACGCAAGGCUAUAUUGCUGUGGCUUACUUUACUUUCUCAAUGUACUGACAAAUUGGAUGAGAGAAAGGACUGGAGUGUAGCAAGGCUGUUAAUGAAUAGUUUCAAAGGCGCUUGGCUGAGUUCUGCUGUGCUCACUAACAGCUCUCUGUGGCAUGGGGGAAGUAUUCUGAGCAUUAGAAAGAUGAGCACACACAGUGGGGCUGGACAUGCAUUCUGCUCGUUCUGAUUGCCCUGCUGUCUCUUUAUUAUUAUUCAUCUGUUAGUUCUUUUUCACGUUCUUGUUGAUGUAAGAAUUGAGUUACAGCCACAAUAAGAAUCGAGGAGUUACGAAGGAUUCAUAAAAUACAGCUUUAACAUGGAUGUGGGUAAAGGUGAUGAGGCAGCCAUCCACCAGGCUUCAUUGCAGCAUAAGAUUUCAACUUCAUUUUUAACACAGCCGUCGAAAACUAAUUCCCGCAUUACAGGGUGCCUGACUAAUUGACGCUGGUGUUUGCUGUAGUUUAGUGAACGCUAGUAUUUACUUUCCCCAAAGUAAUACAGCUUGCAACUUGUACUUUAGUAUGUCAAAGAUGCAUUUUGGAGAAAAAACAUGUAUACACUCACAUUUUACAGAAUUUAAAUUUGUGAUCAUGUUGGAGUAUUUAAAAAUAAAAUUGCCUGCAUAUUAGAUACGAUUGAUUAUAAGCCAAAUUUUGUUUAAAACUAAACUGCUACCCACUGUGAGUAAUUGGACAUUCCUAGAUCAGCCAUUUAAAUGAACUCUUUGUGUGGUUGCAUUUUGACCAUUAGCAGGGCUAGGAGAUGUGUGGUUUUGAAAAAUGAAACCCUCUAUCCAUAAUAACUUCAGUUCCUGUCCUUCUUGGAUCCAGGGCUUCUGACAACAAAGUGAAUGGAUGAAGCAAAGGGAACUGCAAACUGCUUUGUGCAUUUUAUGAUUUAGGCUGGGCUUUCACAUCACCCUUUCUCUCCUGGUGUCACAGAACUUCUGAGGUGACUGGUCAGUGACUGUCAGCCUUGUCCGUGACUCCAUUCCUAGCCUGCUGCUCUUGGUUUACAGAGAUAGAGCUGGUCACUUGCUUUGCUAGUUGGUGGGAGAGCUGACCCGUGACCCAGGUCUGACAUAUGCUUCAGAAGCAUCUGUGUCCUGAGAGGACUCAACAUCACUGUCAAACAGCAGCUUUCCCUGUGUCUGGCAAGAGACUUCAAAUACUCUGGAGAACCUCAUUAUGAAGUUUAAAGGAAUAGAUUGGAAUUUGAAAGCAUCAAAUUGCAAAAAAGUCUACAGUUUUUACAAUAGAAAACAUUAAUAAAAGAAAAAUCUUAGAAAGUUAAACUCACUAUUUAUUACCUCUGUAAUAUUUUCUAAUGAAAUGUAACUGUAAAAUGGGCUGGGUUCCACCUGGCUGAGUCCUGCCCCCUCCAGGGAUGAUGGUUGUGGGGGAGGGGUUUCGUGGACAAAGGAAGAUUCAAUUAAAUACAAUUUUCCUCUCAUUGGUCUUCUCACUAUAUUAUUUUCUAGAUCUGUCUCAUUCCCCAACCUUAUUUGGGGUAUUAAUUUUAACAGGGAAAGCUUGCUGUGUUAUCAAGGUUUUUAGCACCAUUUUACACGAAGGCUAAAGGUUGGGUUGUGGAAAUGACAAGCUCCUUUUUUAAAUAUAUGUUUACUUGUGCUCUGUGAAAUUUCUGGAUCAUUCCAGUCAUCAAGGCUGAUCACAUGUACUAUUUCUUGCUAGCUGUGAAAAGGAUUUUAAGAAUGUAUAACCAACACUCCAUGGCUUUUUAUUAGUGUGUAGAGGGUUUGUAUCUAAUUCAUGAAUGUAGUUUUACUGUAGUUUGUCAUUGUAAAUAGAGCAAAGUACAUUAUCUUCAUAGUUAUUCUAAAAUGUACAUUAUGUAAGAAUUGUAAAUAGACUUGAUUACUUUGUAUGCUGAAAAUUUACAAUAUUAAGUCAAUAAAAAUAUCUCACUUCUGGCACA